UGUUUCUUGUACAUCUGAUCCAGUAUGUCUUAUGUAUCAGACAGCUCUAGUCUCAACAAGGCCCUGCGGCAGCAGUAUCUCAGUCUGCCCCAGGGAAACUUCUGUCAGGUCACUUACGUCUGGAUCGAUGGCUCUGGAGAGGGUCUGCGUAACAAGACUCGAACCAUGGAUUCAGAGCCAAAGAGCAUUGCUGAUAUACCAGAAUGGAACUUCGAUGGUUCCAGCACGGGUCAGUCUAAAGGACACAACAGUGACAUGCUACUGAUUCCUGUCUGCAUGUUCAGGGACCCCUUCCUCUUGGACCCCAACAAACUGGUGCUAUGUGAGGUGCUCAAGCACACCCGAGAACCUGCAGAAUCGAACCACCGUAACUGCUGUAACAAGGUCAUGGAGAAGGUCAAAAACCUUCACCCCUGGUUUGGCAUGGAGCAGGAAUAUACUCUUUUUGGAGUGGAUGGACACCCUUAUGGCUGGCCCAGGCUCGGAUUCCCCAAACCACAAGGUCCGUAUUACUGCAGUGUUGGUGCUGACCGAGCUUUUGGCAGAGACAUUGUGGAGUGUCAUUAUAAAGCCUGUCUGUAUGCUGGCAUCAAAAUCAGUGGCACUAACGCAGAGGUCAUGCCCUCUCAGUGGGAGUUCCAGGUGGGUCCAUGUGAAGGAAUUGAGAUGGGAGAUCAUCUAUGGAUGGCACGUUUCCUGCUAUACAGGGUGUGUGAAGAUUUUGGAGUGGUGGCCACCCUGGAUCCAAAACCCAUGACAGGAGACUGGAACGGAGCCGGUUGCCACAUCAAUGUGAGCACAGCACAAAUGAGAGAAGAAGGAGGAAUUGAGCACAUUGAUAAAGCCAUUGAGAAACUGGGCAAGCGCCAUGCAGAGCAUAUCCGUGUCUACGACCCACAUGGUGGUGAAGAUAACAAACGGCGCCUCACGGGUCGCCACGAGACCUCCAGCAUCCAUGAUUUCUCAGCAGGUGUUGCUAACCGCGGGGCCAGCAUCCGUAUCCCCCGUCAGGUGGGUCAGGAAAAAUGCGGUUACUUUGAGGACCGGCGUCCUGCUGCCAACUGUGACCCAUAUGCUGUGACCUGCGCAAUGGCCCGCACAUGCAUGCUGGAAGAGGAGAAAGAUACCCAUGAACUUAAAUAACACAGUUUUGGAAAAUGUAGUUACACUCUAUACAUUUUAAAAAUUUCUUCUUAAAAGAAUGUUUUAUGACACAUGGUUUUCGAUUUAUUUGUAAGAUAAAAAAGCUAUUUGAAAAAUAAAAUGCAUUAAUUUAAAAACAGUAAAAGCAAGAAAAUGUUGGCAAUAUUAUUAAAAAUGAAAAAAAUAACAACAUAUUUUUAAUAAUUUAAUUUAAUCUUGUGAAUUUAAUAAAAGGUGAAUUUCCAGCAGCCAUAAUUCCAGUAUGUAAUGUCACAUGAUCCUUCAGAAAUAACUGUAAUAUGCUGAUUUGGUUAAACAUCUU